CCAGAACGAAGAUGUGGUGGUGGCGGGUGGUGCUGGUGGUGAUGGCGCUGCUGGGGCUCCUGCUGCAGGUGACACAAGGGGCGCGCUACCGCAAGCCGCCCUUCAACGGCUCCAUCUUCGGCAAGCGCGGCGCCCCCUUCACUUUAGACGACGCGCCCCCCAUGGCGUCGGUGUGUCGCGUGGCACUGGAGGCGUGCGCCGCGUGGCUCCCCGACACGGAUCAGGAGUGAGGGACCCUGGCGAACCCCUAGGACCUCGGCGAACCCCUAGGACCUCGGCGAACCCCUAGGACCUCGGCGAACCCCUAGGACCUCGGCGAACCCCUAGGACCCCUUCCCCGGUAUCGGUCCCCUCUCGCGUACCCCCACUUCGG